CGUCCGCGUGGCGUGUGAGUAGCGAGAACGUCCGAGCGCGCGCGCGCCCCUCAGUGUCGCGGUGUAUUUUUGUGCACGGAUUUCUUCAGAUUUCUGACAGUAACGUAGCCAACUGUUCGCGCAAAUAGAAACCACGGAGUCAGAGUCGAGUGGGCCCGAUGACAUUUGCCCGCGCGGCUCGCGUCCUUUGACACUGUUCGCCACGUUGCAAUAACGGAGAACGGAAGUCGCGGAGAACAUCCACAUUGCCGAUGAUCGUCGUUCGAGGAUCUACGAGCGCUACCAGGAUCCCCAGAAUGGAUAAAGACGUUCGACGGAAGUGCGGGAAAGUGCGACGUGCCCUGUUCCAGCUGCUGCUGAUAGUGGGGGGUGCAACAGGACUGAAAGAUCUGACAAUCAACGUGCCAGCGGUGGUACGAUCGGGCGACACAGUGACGCUAUCCUGUCAUUACGAUCUAGAAGGAUUGACAUUGUACUCCUUGCAAUGGUAUUUCGAGGAUACGGAGUUCUAUCGGUACCUGCCAGAAGGAGAUCCUCCGUGCAAAACCUUUAACAUCGAUGGAAUGCACGUGAAUGUUUCCAAAUCGAACUCGAACGACGUUACGUUAGUCAACGUGUCGAGGAACCUGACGGGGUUGUACAAGUGCGAGGUGUCUGCCGGAAGCCCUUCGUACCACACGUUGAUCAACAGGGCCAGAAUGGAAGUAGUAGACGCGCCGAAAACGGACCCGACGAUCGGUAUCGAGAAAGAAAGGAUCGCAGUGGGUGAGCUGCUGCGGGCGAACUGCACCACAGGCAACUCGAGGCCCGCCUCCGCCAUUACGUGGAAGCUGAACAAGGAUCUCAUCACGAACAACAGCAUGACGUACAGAACCAGAUACUUGGUCAUUCCACAGGACGACGAUUCGCAAGUAUCGAAAUCGACCAUAGACUUCAAGGUGACGAACGACAUGUUUCGUAAUGGAAGAUUGGUCCUGCGCUGCACCGCCUCCAUCGCGGACGUCUACCAGAAGUCGGCUGACAUCGAAAUCAGCGAGGACGCACCACGCAUCGCCUCCAUCACCGGCGAGUCACCACCUCGUGGACAUCGUAGCAGCAAUUCCGCGAGCCCGAGCACGACCUGGACUACAGCGACGACGAUGAUUCUCAUCCUGCCAGCGAUCAUGUAUCUGAUGUUCUCCUCGACGACGAUAACAAUGACGCCUUACACCUCGUCGACGUCAACUCCUAGCAGCAGGUAGCUCGUACGCGCCCGCAAGUACACCACUGCCACUGUUUGACCCGAUUAAGAAACAGAAGAAAGAGGAAAAUAAGAAAAUAAAAAAACAUCGUCCAUGUAAAACCUAGUAGUCUAGGGCUUCCAGUUAUGUAUGUUACUAUGUAUGGAGUAGAUAGCUUGAAUAACAAUUGAUUUUUAUUCACGAGUGGGCCUGUGUGUUAAGCGGGAGGUCGAGAUGACGUAGACAAGAAUAUCGAGCAAAAAUAUCGACGAGGAAGAUACUCGCCCAGGUAUAGUUUCUUUUCCUGGCCAGCACGCGUCUGUCCUAUUUCGAGCUCGUUUCUAAAUAAAUCGAAAUCGUGACGCAGACGAUUUUCAUUUUUGUUGACUCGUGGCCAUUUAUUCAUCGACUUUUCUCGAAUUAUACAAUGUAAAAAAGAAAAAAAAGAGGUAAUAGUGGUGGAACGAAGAAGAAGAAGAAUACGCGGUGGCACGUGGCUGAAUUUGAUAAAAACAACAUGAAUGUGAGAAGACGUGGAGAAGUUUUGUUGUAACCUCCUGUAUAUGAUACACGCCCCUGAGACACGCGUAAAAGGACGGUCGUACCUUUCAAAUCGAUCGUUUUUAUUCCGGCUUCUUCGUUGAUUUUCUACGGUAUUUGUCGUUGAUCCAUAUUUAUUCGUUCAUUUAUUUAUUUAUUUAUUUGUCAUGGUGAAAGAUCGUUUCGAUCGGGUUGUACGCGUCAUUCGUUUAGCAACCCCAGUGUUCACCGAGAGUGUCGAGGAUAUAUAGAUAUAUACAUACAGGGGUAAAUUAAUAUUAAACGAGUACGAAUAACGUUAGCGCAGCGACGAACGGCGUUCUGCUCAAUAUCUGCUCCUUUUAAGAUGUUUAACGAGGAACGCGACACCAUAGGUACCGAUUUGUAAUCUGUACAAAUUGUAAUAAAUUACCAUACGAAGUACGAUUCGA